AUGGCGUCAUCAUCAAUCGACGAGUUUUCUUCCACCGCUGAUAUCAGUUCCAUCGUCAGAUCCAAAUCUCACAGACGACGAUUAAAUGGCGUCAUCAUCAAUCGACGAGCUUCCUUCUACCGCCAAUAUCACUCCCGUCGACGAGCCAAUUCCAUAGUCAGAUCCAAAUCUCACAGACGACGAUCCAAUGGCGUUAUCAUCAAUCGACGGUCUCUGACGGCGGAGAUUGAAAUUCCAUUUCGCGGUUUUGGGAGCGUGGAGGAAUCAUCGAGAGGGAUCUAUUCUCUGCGGAGAGUGGAUUGA